AUGGAAUCGUUUAAGCCACCGCCGGCGCUGCUUCUAGAUGGAAAUCUGUGUGAACACUUUCGGCAGUUCAAACAGAGCUUUGAUAUUUUUAUGCUGGCGACUGGAUAUGAGUCCAAACCAUCGGCAGUCAAGGCGGCGAUGUGGUUAAACCUCAUAGGAGACGAGGCUGUUGAGUUGUUCAACACAUUCGAUCUUCCAGCGGAAGACCGUAGGGAUUUUGAAAAGGUGUUGCGAGCAUUUGAACAUUAUUGUAACCCUGUAAAAAAUAUCGUAGUUGAGCGGUACAAGUUUAAUUGCCGAUCUCAGGAAGAGGGAGAGCCGUUUGACUCGUUUGUGAGAGAUUUAAAAAAGCUGGUUCAAAGUUGUGACUUCAAGAACCAGACAGACAGUGUUGUGCGGGACAGAAUAGUUUUGGGCAUUCGGGACAAAGGGCUGCAGGAACGUUUGUUGCGUGAACCGGAUCUCAGCUUGUCACGGGCAAUGGAACAGUGUAGGGUGGCUGAGCUAGGCAAGCAACGUGCCGAUGCUAUACAAACCAAAGCUGUCAAUCCUGUUAAUCGGCGUGAGGAUUCGUCGGAUGAUGAAAUUCACCCGAGAGGAGGCACAGUUGAAACUGUGUGGCGAAAUAGAAGAAAGCAGAAAUCUACUGAACAGCAGCAGGUACCAUACAAAAGGGGGGCUGAACAGAAGCAUGUGCAACAAGGAAGUCCUAAGUGCCGAAGGUGCGGGAGGGUACAUAGGAAGAAUGAGUGCCCUGCCUUUGGAAAAAAAUGUUACAAGUGCAUGAAGUUCAAUCAUUUUGCAACCGUGUGCACCAACCAAGUUGAAGAGGUUAGGUUAACGGGAGGUGAGAUGGAAGAGUUCUUUGUCAGCACAUUAGAAGUGGCAGAAGCAACAACCGGGGUGGAGGAUGCCAAGCCAGGCCGAAAGGAGUGGAUCCAAGAAAUGUGGGUUGAAGGUAAGACUGUAUAUUUCAAGCUUGAUACGGGCUCAGAGGUAAAUAUCAUAUCACAGAGUAUUGUGAAGCAGCUGGCUCGCCCAACCCAGUUGAAAUGGUCACACAUAACACUCAAAGGGUUCGGCGGCAAAAAAGUGAAACCAGUGGGUGUCAUUAAGCUAAUGUGUGGAGUAAAUACAGCAGAUGGUGCUCAGGAGUGCCUGGAGUUUGUUGUUGUUGAAGAUGGUAGCUGCAGAAUGCCCAUUCUUGGACUGCCAGGAUGCGUGUGUUUGAAGUUAGUUUCUCGCAGUUUUGUCCACACCUUACACAGUAGCGUUUUAUCGGAAGAUAAGUUCCUCUCAGAAUUUGCAGAUGUAUUUCAGGGAGUCGGGUGUAUUCCGAACAAGUGCACAUUGGUAGUAGAUAAAUCUGUUCAGCCAGUUGCUAAACCACCUCGAAGAGUGCCCUUUGCCUUAAGAGAUGGAUUAAAAAUCAAGUUGGAUGAGCUUGUUAAGCUAGGAAUUAUUGCCAAGGUUGAUCAGCCAACUGGAUGGGUUAGCAACCUAACUGUUGUUGAAAAGGGCGACAAAAGUCUCAGACUCUGUCUAGAUCCAGUAGACCUGAAUAAGGCAAUUUGCAGGGAGUAUCACAUGAUACCAUCAUUAGAGGAGUUGAGCUGCCAGCUGAACAAUAAGUCCAUUUUCACAGUGUUGGACCUGAAAGAUGGGUUUUACCAGGUGGAACUAGAUGAGGAAUCAAGUAUGUACUGCACUUUCAGCACACCAUUUGGAUUUUAUAAAUUUCUCAGGCUCCCGUUUGGGUUAUCGAGUGCACCUGAAAUUUUUCAACGAAUAAACAUGCAAAACUUUGGUGAUAUUCCAGGGGUACUAGUAUACUUUGAUGACCUCUUGAUUGCUGCUGCAAAUGAAGUUGAGCACGAUCAAAUAUUGUUACAGGUAGCACAGAGAGCGAGAGCGCUAAAUGUGAAGUUCAAUGUACGCAAGAUUCAGUUCAAAAAGGAGGAGGCAAGGUAUUUUGGGCAUGUGUUCUCCUCAAAUGGUAUGCAGCCAGAUCCCGACCAGGUGCGAGCUAUUCUAGCACUACAAACACCCACCAACAAAGUUGAGCUGCAAAGAGUGUUGGGUUUCAUCAGCUACUUAAGGAAGUUUUUACCUAACUUAGCUAGCAUCAUAGCUCCACUGAGGGAACUCCUGAAGAACGAUACUGAGUGGCAGUGGUUACCAGUGCACACUGAUGUGUUGCAGCAAGUCAAGGAGUUGGUCAGCAAGGCACCAGUACUCGGCUUGUAUGACCCCAACAAAAAACUGUCCAUUCAACUUCAACGGAUGAAAAUCAGGCUGCUACGGUACACGCUGUCGGUAGAGUAUCUUCCAGGCAAACUCAUGCAUGUAGCAGACUUACUGUCAAGGGCGUAUUUGCCAGAAGUGGAACAUGCAGAUGAAGAUUUGUCUGCAGAAAUGGUUCACCUUGUGAGUGAUGGCCAGCACGUGCGGAGGAACUCCCAUCACUUGAGACCAUCCAGCCUUGCUCCUGAGUUGCAUAGGAGAAGGUCCAGCCUGGACUCUGAUGAUGAGUUCCGGGGGUUCCCAGCAGAAGACGAGGCAGGAGGAGAGUCGCAGGGAGCAGGGUCAAGAGUGCGGCAGGGAGAGUGCCCACCAGCACUGAUGAGUGGUAAGGAAAAGGUCAAUGUGUCGAGACGUACAAAAAGUGGACGUGAGGUGAAAGUGCCAGCAAGAUACAAAGACUAG